UCUAUCUGCCGCAGUGCUCUGCAUCUCACUCGCUGAGUGCAUCUUACCUGCUCCAGACAUCUGCCACACCCCUUCUGCUCUCUAUCUAAAUAUUCUUACACAUUAGCUUAUCUAACUGGCAUAUUCCUUUCUCAUUUCUUUAUCCUUCAUCUCUGCCUCUCUUUCUGAAAGAACCUACAUUUUAGCAUAUCUCUGCUAGCCUCUGCCUGUUACCUCUUCUCUCACUUUCUCCUUGCCUUUAGCUGUUUGUAUCUUAAACCCUACCAUGCUCAGCUUCAGCCUGGAACGGUCUAUGGGCCCUGUCACAUACCGCAGGCCCCCUGGGGACCACUACCUCCGCUCCAGCUCUGUCUCUCUAACCCACAGUGGUAGCAGCAGCUUUCAGUCACACUCUCGGAGCCGACGUAGUGCACCAUCUUAUAGUGAAAGCCCUGAACCCUCCAAUGGACCCAGAGAUGAAAAAGAGGCCUUGCAGGGGCUGAAUGAGAGAUUUGCUGGAUACAUAGAAAAGGUGCGGAGACUGGAAGAGCAGAACCGUAGUUUGCAGCAAGAGGCAACAGCUUUGCGGAAACAGCAGGCUGGAAUAUCUGCCAUUGGACAGCUAUAUGAGAGGGAGAUUAGAGAUAUGCGCAACCAACUCCUGAAAAUUAACUCUGAAAAUGGUCAGGAACAACUUGAGAGAGACAGACUGAGUGAAGACAUUGAGUUGUUAAGGCUGAAAACCCAAGAAGAGGAAAGGUUGAAGGAAGAGGCUCUAAAUUCUGAGAGGGCACUCAGGCAGUUCUUGCAGGAGUGUAGCUUGGACAGAGAGCAGCUUGGCAGAAAGGUACAGUCUUUGGAAGAUGAGGCAGCCCAUCUGUGCAAGUGCCACCAAGAGGAUGUGGAAGAGAUGAUACAGCAGAUACAUGGAAGUCAGGUAACAACACAACAGAUGGGAGAGGUGCCCAGUUUGGAGCUGGCAUCGGCCCUGAAGGACAUUAGGUCUCAGCUCGAAGGUCAUAUCGGUAAGAACAACUUGCAAACACAAGGCUGGUUUCAAGCGCAGCUGAACAAAUUGAAUGAGGCCUCCCAAGUGAAUACUCAGGCCAUACGUUCAGCCAGUGAUGAAAUCACCAAUUACCGCCACCAGUUGCAGAGCCAGGUCACCCAACUGGAAGUCUUAAAGAGUUCACAGCAAUCCCUGGAAAGACAGUGCUUGGACAUGGAAGACCGCCAUCAAGCUGAAAUGGCAUCCUACCAGGAUACACUGCAGCAGCUGGACAACGAGCUGAGGACCACAAAGUGGGAAAUGGCUGCUCAGAUCAGAGAAUAUCAAGAUCUUCUCAAUGUCAAAAUGGCCCUUGACAUUGAAAUAGCUGCCUACAGAAAACUAUUAGAAGGUGAAGAAUGUCGACUUGGUUCUGGAUUUGAUCCCUUUUCAUUUGAUGAAAAGAUUCCACGUGGGCCAAGCACUCCAAAACACAUCAAAGUUAAAAAAGAGGAAAAGAUUAAAAUUGUGGAAAAAUCAGAUAAAGAAACAGUCAUUGUAGAAAAACAAACAGAAGAAACCCAUGUAACAGAGGAAGUGACUGAGGAAGAUGAAGUAGUUGGCUCUCCUGAGGAGGAACAGGAAGAAGAAAAGGAGAAAACACCCUCUGAAGAACAAGAGGAAAUAGAAAGUAAGGAAGAAGAACAGGGAGAAGAGAAAGACGAGGAAAAUGAGGAGGAGCAUGAUACAGUGGAGGAAGAAGAGGAGACUAAAGACAAGCAGGGGGAGGAUUCUGCUGAUACUGAAGAGGGAGAGGGGGAAAAGGCUGGGGAAACAAAGGAUGAAGAAUUGGAUAAAAAAGAAGAAAAGAAACCCACUAAGGCAACAGAUAAAGGACCCGAACUAAAGAUAAAAGAGGGGGAACCAAAAGAGAAGUCAGACAAGGAAGAAGGGAAAGGUGAACAGAAAUCAAAAGAAGAUAAACCAGUGAAGAAAGAAGAGAAGGAAGAACCAGCAAAAAAAGAAGACAAGGCUUAUAAAGAAGGUAAGGGUGAAGCGACAAAGACAGAAGAUGAAGCAGCAGUGAAGAAAGAGAAAAAAGGGGAACCAACAAAGAAAGAGGAGAAGGAGCCUGCCAAGAAAAAUGAACAAACCGGCAUUGAAGAAAAGCCAGAGCCUGCCAAGAAAAAGGAAAAAGAGGAACCAAAAAAGGAAGAGAAAAAGGAGGCUGCCAAAACAGAAGACAAAAAGGAGCAAACUAGGGCUGAUGAGAAGCCAGAGCCAGCCAAGAAAGAGGAGAAGGGAGAACAAAUAAAGAAAGACCAAAAGGAGCCAGCCAAGAAAGAAGAAAAAGUAGAUUCAAAAAAGAAGGAGGAGAAGGAUGCUGCAAAAAAAGAAGAAAAAAUGGAACAAACCAAGACUGUUGAAAAGCCAGAUCUAGCCAAGAAAGGGGAAAAAGGUGAAUCAAAAACAGAGGAAAAGCCAAAAGAAGAUGAACCAACAAAAAAAGAGCCUGCUAGUAAAGAGGAAAAGAAGGAACAAGCCAAAACUGAAGAAAAGCCUGAACCAGUCAAGAAAGAAGAAAAGGGAGAACCAAAGGCAAAAGAGCAGAAGGAGCCUGUCAAGAAAGAAGAAAAAACAGAACCAGUUAAAAAAGAUGAAGGCAAAGAGUCAUCUAAGAAAGAUGUUCCUAAAAAGGAGGAGUCAGCUAAGAAAGAUGAUAAAGAAAUAGCCAAAAAAGAGGAGAAGGGAGCAGCCCAAAAAGAUGAGGAAUUGAGCAAGAAAGAUGAGCCUAUGAAAAAAGAAGAGAAGCAGGAACCAGCCAAGAAAGAGGAGCCUUCAAAAAAAGAAGAAAAAAAGGAACCAUCAACAAAAGUAGUCCCAACUGAAGAGGAACAGAACCUACCAGAGAAAGUAGAAAAAAAGGAAUCUGCAAAGAAGGAAGAGAAAAAACAACCAGUUACAGAAGAAAAGAAAGAGGCCCCAAAAAAAGAGGUUGCAGCUGACAAGAAAGAGGAUAAGGAAACCACCAAGAAAGAAACCAAGGAAUCCACAAAAAAAGAAGACAAGCCAGAGUCUGCCAAGAAAGAAGACUCUCCUAAAAUAGAUGAGAAAAAAGAGACUCCUAAGAAGGAAGAGAAAAAGGAACCAACUAAGAAGGAAGAACCUUCUAAGCAAGAAGAAAAAACAGAACCCCCUAAGAAAGAAGUAAAGGAUCAAGUAAAAGAUGACAAAGAACCAGCUAAAAAGGAAGAGAAAUCACCCAAAGCAGAGGUUAAAACACCAAGUAAAGAGCCUGAGAAGCAGCCCAAACUUGAUGGGAAGCCAGCUAAGGAUGAUGUAAAGAAGUCAGCAAAGGUAGAGGAAAGCAAACCAGCAACAGAUGAAGAAAAAAUACCUUCCAAGGUAGAAAAACCACCUAAAACAGAGGAAAAGAAGGAGUCAUCCAAAGACAAUGAACCACUCAAAAAAGCAGAGAAAGAGCCCACCAAGAAAAUUACAGAAGUAACAAAAAUAGAAGAAAAAUCUAAGGAAGAUAGUCAAAAGAUCACAAAAAAGGAUCCUGUUGGUGGAAACACACAAAAUGUGAAACCAAAGACUGAGAAAAUAGAAAAGUCCUCCGGUACAGACCAGCUAGAAAGUGAAUCCACUCAGGGAGCAAAAAGUGAGAAGUAAACCAAAUUUCAAAAUACAAUGCAAGCUGAGGGUGCUAACCACCAAUCAGGCCAACACAGGCCAAAGGAUAUUACUCUGGAUCUGUCAACCUCAGAGACUUUGAUUUGAAAUGGUGGACCCAACUAUGCUGCAGUUCAGAUUGGACAUUAAGUUAACUGCUUGCUAGGGUGAUCAGGAGCAGCCUGCACUCUGCAACUUUCUCUGGUACAGUGGUUCAACCCUAUCCUUAAGAAACCUCAACACUAGUGUAUUAACAUGUGAACACACUGAGGGGGAAUCAUUUACAAAGGAGAGAUUAUAUGAAUGAUGUUGCAACUCUUUUCUCCUUUUGUGCAAAUAAGUAAUUUAUGUACACAUAUGAGAUAGAAACAGUUUGGGAAAUAAUGUUGAGAGGUUAAACCAUUAGAUCAGUAUGUAAGAUAUGUAUGUUAGACAAUAUUAUGAAAAUUAGAGUGUCAUCUAGAGGAAGUGAAGUACUGAUCAAUGAGGAGAGAAACCACAGGUCAAAAAGGUGCAUAAUGAGUGGUCCACAGAUUUCAAUCUACUUAGACAUUUAGGAAUGAAUGUUCAAGUGUGAAACCUUGAGUUAGAAUCAUAGGAAGGAGAAGGAAUUGCACCAUUAAAGGAAAAAAUGCAAAUCAGGGAAGAAGAUUUGUGCACAUUAUUAGGUUAGUAAAUGUAUAUUUCACACCCAAAAUUGCCUCUAUUUUUUGCACUUUACAUACAGAAAUCACUACAAUUGAUAAGACUUUCUGUAGCAAGCAAACCAGCAUCCCUAGAAAGGACCUGACAAUGCAGGUGCUAAUAAAACAUGUUAUAAACCACCCACAGCUGAUUUUUCCCUCUUGGCUUCCCUCAAAACAAGAGCACUGAAUUAGUGCUAGAGCAGGUUGAGGUGUCCAAAGUAUUGGGUUAGUAAACAGCACUGUAACUGGAUAAGGUAUACAAAGAAUGGUUUGUACCAUGUUAGCUCCAGCUUGCGUCGGUUGGCAUUGUUAUGUUAGAUACAAUUAGACAAGUAAAAGCUUACAGCCUGAAAAUGAUAUUGUCUUUAGGGGAUAUGUAAAGUAACAGAACAUAGGAUCUUUCAAAACUUUUAAUCCAAAGUGUUUCAGGGGAAGACAGAUUUCUUCCAGCAGUAGAUGCCUUCUUAGCAUAUUCUUAUCAUAUCAUCCUGUUCUCUGCCGGGGGCACACACUGCUUUGCUGUUUGUUGCAAGACCCUGCGGCAGCCACUGGAUAAGUGAAUGUAAUGAAAAAGAUUCAGGGAAAAGAUACAGGAAUAUCUGAAUAGCCAUAAAAUGAUAGGCAGAUGUACACAGAAGAUAGAGAUAAACCAAGACUGAUGCAUUAACUGCAAACCGUAACUCCUUUUGUGAUGGCUGUUUAUCAUAUUUGAACAUUGUUCUUCAGGUUCACUAGUUACAGAAGGAGUUAAUCAUGCACUGUUCCAGUCCUAUACACCUUGCUUAUCAAACUGUGCAAUAAUACAUAUAGUAAUAAAAAGAAUUAUCAACC